AUGUGCUUCGUGAUCAACCGCGGUUCUUGGGAUCCGAAUGGUGUUAGUGCAAUUGAUCAAAAACGGCUAAAAGAAAAAUUUGCGAACAAGGAAACCAAGAGAAAGGAAGCAGCUUUGAAGAAACCUGAAUGGCUGAAGGAAUGGACUAUCAGCAAAGGAUGGGUACAUAAUAAAAGUCAUCUUUUAGAGUUGGGUAGGAAGAGAGUGUAA